GUUGUUGACGGUGGCGUUAUCACAUGUCCUGCGUUGUGCUUUGCUUGUUGAUGACAGACAGACUCAGUAACAGAUACACGUGUGCGUUGAUUUCUAUAGUGGUGUUGUGUCUCAGCUGGCAGUUCAUGCCCCUGCUCAGCACCCUAGCACGUCGACUCUUGACAACAAUGGCUUCAGGAGAAGUCACCCCAGCUGGUGUGUUCUCCAUGGCAUUUGUCACGGUACCUGAUACAGAGACAGCCAAGAAACUAGCAGGUGGGCUUGUAUCAAAGAAACUGGCGGCUUGUGUCAACAUUAUACCACAGAUUACAUCAGUGUAUGAAUGGGAGGGCAAGAUUAAUGAAGACACUGAAUUACUGCUGAUGAUAAAAACAAGAACAUCACGGAUGGAUGACAUCUCACAGUAUGUGCGAGAAAACCAUCCAUACGACUGUCCGGAAGUGAUUUCAUCUCCGAUUGACAAGGGUAAUCCCCAGUAUCUGAAGUGGAUUGGAGAGAUUGUUCCUGAGAAAACAGGGAAAUGAUUGCUGUGUGCAAUAAAAAAAAUAAAUUAAAAAAUAUAAGUAUGUACAAG